GCUCUGAGCGAGGGGAGCCGGCGAGUCCCGGCCGCAGGAUUCCUCCGCCUGCGGUAUCGGUGCUGAGGCCGCGGCGCCGCCAUUUUGGAUGCCAGCCUCCUGCCCCUGCCGCCGCCGCCGCCUUCGCCGCCGCAGGGACCCGGCCCGUUCAAGGACUAAGAAACAGCGACAUUGAGGAGCCUUACCAGGCCAGUGCCCCCGGGUGGUGACAUGAAGUCCUGAAUGUUUCCAUGACACAAGUACUCAAGAAGGAUGCCCGCCCCCAUCAGACUCCGGGAGCUGAUCCGGACCAUCCGGACAGCACGGACCCAGGCCGAAGAAAGGGAGAUGAUCCAAAAAGAAUGUGCUGCCAUCAGGUCAUCUUUCCGAGAAGAGGACAACACCUACCGCUGCCGGAACGUCGCCAAGUUGUUGUACAUGCACAUGCUGGGCUACCCUGCCCACUUUGGACAGCUGGAGUGCCUCAAACUGAUUGCCUCUCAGAAAUUCACAGACAAGCGCAUUGGGUACCUCGGAGCCAUGCUGCUGUUAGAUGAGAGGCAGGAUGUCCACCUCCUCAUGACCAACUGCAUCAAGAAUGACCUUAAUCACAGCACGCAAUACGUGCAGGGCCUGGCGCUCUGCACCCUAGGCUGCAUGGGCUCCUCUGAAAUGUGUCGUGAUCUAGCUGGGGAGGUGGAGAAGCUCCUGAAAACCUCUAACUCCUACUUGAGGAAAAAGGCAGCGCUGUGUGCUGUUCAUGUCAUCAGGAAGGUGCCUGAGCUCAUGGAGAUGUUCCUGCCUGCCACAAAAAACCUGCUGAAUGAGAAGAAUCAUGGUGUUCUUCAUACCUCUGUGGUCCUCCUCACGGAAAUGUGUGAGAGAAGCCCAGACAUGCUCGCUCACUUCAGAAAGCUCGUCCCCCAGCUAGUUCGGAUCCUGAAGAACCUCAUCAUGUCUGGUUAUUCUCCAGAGCACGACGUCUCUGGGAUCAGUGACCCCUUUCUGCAGGUGCGAAUCCUGCGGUUGCUAAGAAUUCUGGGCCGGAAUGACGACGACUCGAGCGAAGCAAUGAAUGACAUCCUUGCCCAGGUGGCCACAAAUACCGAGACGAGUAAAAAUGUGGGAAAUGCCAUCCUCUAUGAAACUGUCUUAACGAUCAUGGACAUCAAGUCUGAGAGCGGCCUGCGAGUGUUGGCCAUUAACAUCCUAGGCCGGUUCUUGCUCAAUAAUGACAAAAAUAUCAGGUAUGUAGCCUUGACGUCCUUGUUGAAAACUGUGCAGACAGACCACAACGCCGUGCAGCGGCACAGGAGCACCAUCGUCGACUGCCUGAAAGACCUGGACGUCUCCAUCAAGCGGCGGGCCAUGGAGCUCAGCUUUGCUCUCGUGAAUGGAAACAACAUCCGGGGAAUGAUGAAGGAGCUGCUGUAUUUCCUGGACUCCUGUGAACCUGAGUUCAAGGCGGAUUGUGCAUCGGGGAUAUUUCUUGCAGCAGAGAAAUACGCUCCUUCUAAGCGCUGGCACAUAGACACCAUCAUGCGCGUCCUGACCACGGCAGGGGGUUAUGUUCGUGAUGACGCUGUGCCCAACCUCAUCCAGCUCAUCACCAACAGUGUGGAGAUGCAUGCCUACACUGUGCAGAAGCUCUACAAGGCCAUCCUGGGCGAUUACUCCCAACAGCCCCUAGUACAGGUGGCAUCCUGGUGCAUAGGAGAGUACGGAGACCUCCUGGUGUCUGGUCAGUGCGAGGAGGAGGAGCCCAUCCAGGUCACGGAGGAUGAAGUCCUUGACGUUUUGGAAAGCGUCCUGGUCUCCAACAUGUCGGUGUCGGUCACCCGAGGCUACGCCCUCACGGCCAUCAUGAAGCUGUCCACGCGGUUCACCUGCACCGUCAACCGCAUUAAGAAGGUGGUCUCCAUCUACGGCAGCAGCAUUGACGUGGAGCUCCAGCAGAGGGCAGUGGAGUACAAUGCCUUGUUCAAGAAGUACGACCACAUGAGGUCAGCCUUACUUGAGAGGAUGCCGGUGAUGGAGAAGCUGACCACCAACGGCCCCACAGAUGUUACCCAGCCCAAUGGGGAGGCCGAGCCAGCAGCCCUAGAGAGCAAGCCUCCCCCAUCUGGCUUGCAGCCCACCAGCCAGGCAAACGACCUGCUGGACCUGCUGGGCAGCAAUGACAUCACGCCCAUCAUUUCGACGGCCCCUCCGAGCAAGCCGGCCUCUGCAGGGGGGGAGCUGCUGGACCUCCUGGGGGAUCUCAACCCAACCACAGUAGGUCCUCCCGCGCCGCCUGCCUCGCAGCCCCCGUUUCUCCUGGAUGGACUUUCUUCACAGCCCAUCUUCAACGACGUCGCUGCUGGUAUCCCUCCCAUCACAGCCUACAACAAGAAUGGGCUCAAGAUCGACUUUGCCUUUGAGCGCUCCAACACCAAUCCCAGCGUCACCGUGAUCACAAUACAGGCCUCCAACAGCUCCGAGCUGGACAUGACAGACUUUGUGUUCCAGGCUGCGGUACCAAAGACAUUCCAGCUGCAGCUCCUCUCCCCCAGCAGCAGCGUCAUCCCAGCGUUUAACACAGGGACCAUCACACAAGUCAUCAAAGUCCUGAAUCCCCAGAAGCAACAGCUCCGCAUGCGGAUCAAGCUGACCUAUAAUCACAAGGGCUCGGCGAUGCAGGACCUGGCAGAGGUCAACUCCUUCCCGCCUCAGUCCUGGCAGUGAGCUCUGGCCCCAGCCGCCUCACCCCACCUGGUUGGCCGAAGGGGCUCCGGGCAGAGCACGGCGACUCCAGACACCCACCCCCCUAGACUGCGCCGUGGCCGGAGGAGCUGGCGGGAGCUGCUGCUGCUGCUGCAGAGCGGGGGAACUGGCCUUGCUCACCUCGACGCAUCUCUCUUGAGACACUUGCUCUCUCUGCUCUCCUCUCCUGGCUGCGGGGGGCACCAGAGCCAGGGCCCUCCUUGUUUGGAAAGGGGAGGAGAGGAGGUGCACGGUGGCCAAGGCUCCCCUCCCCUCCCCUCCCGGGCAACCAGGGACAGAGCCGUGGUUUCUUCCUCUUUGCUGUCUUCUCUCUGGUGAGCGAGGUGGGUUUUGGUUCAGUUCCCCUCUUCAGGCACUUUCAUCCUGAGUUCAUGUUGGAAACUUAUUCCACGGAUGCUGGUGACCCUUCCUUUCUCCUUGGGGUUCCCUGAUGUUGGGGGCCUUUUCUACGCUUGACUGCAUGCCCCAAGGGGGGGGGGGGCUUAAGUCAGAGAAGAAGGGGACGGGCACCUGUGGAACUGCUCUUCUGGACCGAAGCGCCACUCGGAGGAUUUGGGCAGCAAAGCCACGCCCGCCCCUUCCCCUCGGCCGCUGCCUCCUCUCUACGAAAGCAUCAUGAUGGACGAGACAGACUGCCCCCGCGAGCCGCCCUUCAGCAGCGUGCCCCCCCCCCCGCCGGGGCACUCCUUGCUCCUGCUCCUAGGCUGUCAGCUGUGGGGGGGGGGUAGAAAGGCCGUGUGUGUUGCUAGGCGAGACACUUAGAGAUGGAGGGGGGGCACCCUUUGCCUGCAGGACGACUCAUCUCAAGGCUCCACGUGCUGCAAAGCUGCUUCCCCGCCCCCCACAGCCCUCUUCAUUUACUGAGUCUGUCAGAGUCCUGGAUUCCAUUUGAAUUCGUUCUUCUCCAGGGACGUUUGUGUUGUAUCUGUAAUAUUGGCACUGAAAUAAAGACCAUGCGGUUUAAAGAGA